CGCAUGCUUCAAUCGUUGCAAUUUUAUUGUUGAUUCUCGUGCUGCAUCCGUGAGCACCCGGUCGCCCAAUAUCAAAUCCAUCCCAUUUUUUCGACAGAUUGGACAAAUUUUUAGUCUCUCCUUACGGAGGGGUGUCUCGCGGGAGGUGAUAAAUCGAUAAAAGCAUUCAAAAGAGAGAACGUUUUGCCAAGUAUUUUAAAUCACGGUGUCGUGUUGCCCCCCGCAGCAGUAUAGUCGUGAGGAGUUGUGUCCGGAAAAAACGAUAUAAAAAUACUAUCGAGAUGCUUCGAUUGUCAAUAUCAUUUCGGGAGAUUGAACGGUUGGAACAUUUAUUAUUGACAGAAAGUCGUCGCGAGCGAUUGCUUGAUGGGAUGCACGCGUCAAGAAAACCAACACGAAGAUCUCAUCUUGCAACUGCAACUCUCCGUGUUCCUCGAACGCAUCUUACAAGUGAAUAAGGUGUUUUCUUUUGUUUUUUUUUCAAUAAUUCGCGAUUCGCGAUAUUCCCACGCGUGUGCACUAGCAUUUUUUUUCAACUCAAGUAACUUGCUGAAGAAAAAGAUUUCGGACAGAUGCUUCGAAUUUUUUUUUAUACAUGGAAUUCGGAGAUUUAAUCAGCCUGAGAAAUACGUGUUUUUCUGGUUGAACCGUCAAAAGAUGGAAAAAUCCGCGAGCAAUGAAAGAUUGCUGUCAAGACGACGCACCGUCACUCUUAAACCCCUUACUAUCAAGGACGAACGUGUCGCUACCUUGAAAAAGGUCACUGCUAUCCUUCAAAAAUCCGAGGACUCUCGCAGUCCUGAAGAAAUUGAAAUUUUGACUUCUUGUAGCGACAUUGUCAAAGAAGUGAAUCUGAGACAGCAGAAAAGAGACCGAGUGAAAGCUAGACUGGAGGAGGUGGAAGAUCCGCCGGAGCUUCUCGAAGAGAAAUGCAUGCGUUUGGCAGGUGCCAUAAGCAGAGCUACUUCCUUGACGGUAUACACAGGAGCUGGAAUAAGUACAGCUGCUUCGAUUCCCGAUUAUAGGGGUACGAACGGUGUUUGGACACGAAUGCAACAGGGAAAAGACAUUGGGAACCACGAUUUGAGUCAAGCCGAACCAACGGUGACCCACAUGGCGCUAUACGCUCUGUACAAAGCGCGUGUACUAAAGCAUAUAGUAUCGCAAAAUUGCGACGGUCUUCACCUCCGAAGUGGGAUUCCACGAUCGUUGAUAUCGGAGGUUCAUGGAAAUAUGUACGUAGAGGUGUGUCGUUCGUGCAAGCCAUCGCGGGAAUAUUGGCGUUUGUUCGACGUGACGGAGAAAACUGGAAGAUAUUCUCACAGCACAGGUCGUACGUGUCACAAUUGUAAGUCCGGGUUGCAGGACUCGAUAGUGCAUUUUGGUGAGCGUGGAAAUUUACCAUGGCCGAUUAAUUGGAACGGUGCGAGUCGCGCUGCGAAACAGGCCGAUGUGAUAUUGUGUCUUGGCUCGAGUUUAAAAGUAUUGAAGAAAUAUCCAUGGUUAUGGCAAAUGGAUAAGCCAGCGCACAAGAGAUCUCCCUUGUACAUAAUAAAUCUUCAGUGGACGCCAAAGGACGAGAACGCCGUGCUAAAGAUAAACGGUCGUUGUGACGACGUCAUGUCUCGAGUUAUGAUGAAUUUGGGUCUCGAAAUACCAAUUUACGAUCGUUCGAAAGAUCCUAUUUUUUAUCACGCGAUAAGGUUACAAUCGAGCGAAAUUGGGACCACGACGCAACCCUGUCUCGAAGAACCUAUAUCGAAGAUUCCAAAGGAAAUCGAAGAGGUCGGGAGCGUUGAGAAUCCCGAGGAUAACGUCGUCGUUGCUAAAAAAGAGGAAGCUUUUAAGGGGAUCACACUUUCAGGAACACUGAGCAAUUACCAAGCGCCCAUUUUCGCGGCUUUACCCUUUUUGUCCAUGGGACUUCCUUUCCCACCCAUGCUAAUGUAUUCUCACCUCACUCCUCUCUUUUAUUAUCCUUCAUUUGUUCAAGUUCCCAACGGUGUCAACGAGGAAGAAUCUUCCAACCCCAAACCCGCGUGUACUUUUUGUAUGGAGAACGAAGGCUCUCUCACUUGCUUGUAUUAUCAACGCAACGGCGACGAUCCCGUUUCUACCGAAAUUCUCGGUACCGAUCAAGAGAGCGAUACCAGUCUCGAAAACAUCCAAGAAACCCUUGAUUCUUCCACUCCCUUACCCACCGCUAAAAAUCCAGGCUGGUUUGGUAAAGGCUACCGCAAAGGUUUACGAAAAAAACGGUAGCAUCGACUCAAACCCCAUUUUCCUCUUGCGUAUUUCGUCUUCUCAACACUGACGCGUUAAGUACGGUCUUUCACAACCUUUUAACGCCCCAUGCAUUAUCAUUCUCUAUUUCUUUAUUUAUUUAAGUCUUUCGAUUUUUAAUUGCAGAUUUUAUUUAUUCAUUGCAACAAGCGUGAUCACUUCUCGUUCCGUUCAUUCUCGAGUCUCAUUGACUAUAUUUUAUAACGUAAGACAACUUUAUUUGAAAGUUUUACUCUCAUUUCGUCUCGUCGAGACUCAUUUUAAAAAACGUUAGAUUUUAUUUGGUCUUGAUUAUAUCAAUUUUUUUUUCUCCCACUUAGUGGGAAUUCUUAAAACGGUACAAUACAACAAAAGUUUCACUGGCAAUUCAUUUUUAUUAACUGAUAGUGUUGCCUUUUAAUUUUUCAUCAAUGACAGCGGUUUUUAUUAUAAAUUUCGACUGAAAAGGAAUAGAGAGCUUUCAAAAAUCUAUCGUCUAUUUUUUAAACUUUGACACAAUACACAGAGCAGCAACUUACGUUAUAUACUUCCUUUGAAAUGAAAGAAAAAAAUGAGAAAUUUGAAAAGCGAAAAGUCAUUUGAGAUAAAAUUUAUUCCAUACUUCUCGUUUGUAUGAUUUUGCAAGGAAAUUAUAAAAGCGAAACUAUGAUUGUUUGCACCGAGCAAUUUUGGCUCUCCGGGCUCGGGCAUUCGACUUUUCCGAAUCGUUAUAUUAUUUGUAAGCGUUAUACCGAAUAUUAUUUAUUUAUAGUGCGAUAAACAUAAGAGUACUACGUAUUAAAGACGGGGGAGAAAAAAAACCAUGAUCGAAAAAUCUCAUUGAAUUAAUUGCAAUACCGUUAUACCUUGCUCUAUUUAGUAAAAAAAAAACGAGAAAAUAAUAGUAUUGUACUUUGUAGCGUGUAUCAAGUAUUACGACUUGAGUACGAAAAUGAAAAAUCUUCGUGUUCCUCGAUGGCGCAAAAUUGCGCUCGCUCCAUACCUCAAAUUGCAGCAAUAUCAAAACAAUCAUCGUCGUUUCACUAUACGGAGAAUAAAUUUUUUUUUCUUCUUUUUUUGUUUAUCGUGAAUGAACGAUUGAUUUGCGAAGAAAAAUGAUAUUGUAAUUAUGUUGGGUUUUAGAAAAAUCGACAGUAACAAUUCCGCUAGUUGUUUGAAGCACUAUAAUAAUAUGCUUAAUAAUAUAGAAAAGUGAUUUUUAAGCACUACAUUAUUUAUAAGGAAGGAAACAAGUGCUCGAAAAAUACUACGAUAAUAUGAGAAUCCUGUCACAGGAUUCCUCUACACCAUUUCACAACGUGUGAAUAUUUAUUAAACGUCAUUAAAAAUUAUCAACAUUAUCCUCGAAA